AUUCACUCAUAAAGCUUUGAAAACUGCUUUUCCUUGAAUGCAGUAGCUAUACAUGUAACACAACACCAGUGUAAAAUGGUUCACUAGUGAAUAUAACUGAGCUAAUUAUACCUUAUCCUUGUUAUUCGGCAUUAUUACAUUAAUUACAAGACUAUAGUGGGAGUAGACCAUAUAUGGUAUGUGGUGUGACUGAGUUGUUAUCAUUCUUUCUACACGAAAAGGUUUCACUGAUGCAUGCGGUUAAUGGAGCGUAUCAUGCACACAGCAGCACACUCUGAGUUUGUACCAAAUUUGAUCAUUUCACUCAUACACUGCUUUUCCAGGAACACAGUAUAGCAGUUAGAAGACUAACUAGGUGAAUGCAAACACUGAAAGGGCGAGCUGAUUUGUAACCUGUCCUUAUUUUUUAUCCAUAUCUAGGCUUUUAACUUGCAGCUCGACUUGCAGGGAACGCCUUUUAAUUUUUUAAUGAGGCGUGGCUCAGGCCUAGAUUUUUUAAAUGGCAAAACUUGUAAGAUCUUCAUUGAGGUCUUAUGUGGAGGGUGUCAAAAAAGCCAUUGCUCUUAAACCGCUUGAUGACAGUGAGAAACUGAUGCUUUGGGACCUGAGGGAUGAAGAUUGUGUUAAUGAGUGGGAAUGUAUUAGUGAUGAAGAAAAAGGAGGAGGCUCUAAAGCCACUUUUAAGUCAAAUAAAAAAGGUACGGGCUCUGUCUUUGAAGGUGUUUUAAAUACUAGCAUUAAAAACACAGAGCUGAAAUACAGUGGAUAUUGUGCCAUUAGAUCAAAGCCAGUAAAAUAUCGCAGCUUAGAUUAAAUGAAAAUGGAUCGAAAAGACGUCUCAGAAUUUGAUGCUUUUGAGAUUCAAGUGAGAGGAGACGGAUGGAAAUUCUUUGCUAACAUU